AUGUCGACCCAGCAGGGUAUUGUAUCCCCUCCUCCCGGGGUAGAGCCCAACUUUAUCAAUCCCCCGAACCAUUUGCAAGUUUGCACCCCGUUCCAAGCGGUUUACUUGACCCUUAACUCCAUGGCUUUGGUGAUGCGACUGUAUACUCGACGAUUUAUCAUACGAGAUUCUCUUAGGAUCGAUGACUGUUAUAACUUGGGACUUGGACGCAGCGUAUGGGAUAUUCCACGUAGCGAGGCUACGGCGAUCACAAAAUCUACCUUCCAUGGAUUCCUUGCUCUUGUCCUCUGCCUAGCCUUUUCCAAGCUCGCCAUCCUCUCCUUCUACUACCGCCUCUUUUGCUCCCAAUCCACCUUGAAAGCCUUGAUUAUCAUCGGCGUCGUUUUCGAAGCAAGUGCAAGCCUUGCCUUAGUGGUUGUCACUCACUACACAUUCACACCAUUUGAGGUAUUUGGGGAUCCGGCAAUCAAGCCAAAAAUCCCGCGAGCGCUCCCCGUUUGCUUCUCAUCUCUACUCGGUAUGACAACAGAUAUAUACACCCUUGUGCUACCAAUACCAUCGGUGUUGAGAUUGAAGGUACCUCUACGGCAGAAGUUUAAAGCUCUAGCCAUCAUCAUUCUUGGAGCUAGUGCAUGCGCUGCAAGCAUUAUGCGUGUCUACCAUGUCUCCCAAAUGAAAGAUCUCAACGUGUUAUGGAAUAUAAUGUUCGUGGGAUCAGUGGGAUUCUGGGCUGCGCUCGAAUGUGACCAUGCUCUUCUUUGCUCGUGUCUCCUCAUCCUUCCCGUCUUCAUACAGCACCACUGGCCCAAACUUAGAUCGCUUUUCGGUAAAGUCCGGACCAAACAGCGUGUCUCCAGGGUAGAAGCACGGCCCUUACAGCGCACGCGCUCCUGGCCGGUCCAGGAUCAGUGGAAUGUUAAUAAAAGAGUCGACAUUUAUAUAUUUGAGGAGGUUAGACACUUCGAAAACCGGCCAAAUGCGCAUCUUGCGAUACAUCCUAACCGCCCGUUGUCCUCGGCUGAUAUAGAGCGGGGGGAAGGAAGUAAUCGUCGGUAG